AUUUUCUCCCUCUUCUUUGAAGACUGACAGCUUAAGUGCAUGCAUAUUAUUUCAUAAUUUAUAAUUUCUGCUCCUUAUCAUCCGAUAAGGCCGCUAGUUUAAAAUAGACCGAGAAAAUCAGCUUGGCAUCAAAUCACCACCAUGACCCCGACAGGCAGCAAGUGGUGCUUGGCGCUGGUUCUGCUGGUGGUGGGCCGCUGCGGCCCCGCCGUGGCCCAGGAUGAUUUCCUUUACGGCACCUUCCCGGACGGCUUCAUCUGGGGCGCCGCUACCGCCGCCUACCAAAUCGAGGGCGCCUGGAACGAGAAUGGCAAGGGAGAGAAUAUCUGGGACUUUAUGACCCACGCCUACGAUGGAGGCAUUUCGGAUAACUCGACCGGAGAUAUUGCGGCAGACUCGUACAACAAGUACCUUGACGACGUGGCUGCUCUGAAAGAAACUGGGGUGAAUUUUUACCGCUUCUCUCUGUCGUGGUCGCGCAUUCUUCCUACCGGCCGUAUCGACCAAAUCAAUCAAGACGGAAUCGACUAUUACAAUAAUGUGAUCAACGCUCUUUUAGAUAACGGCAUCACUCCUCUCGUUACCCUUUACCACUGGGAUUUGCCUCAGCCGUUGCAGGAAAUCGGAGGAUGGCUCAAUGAGGAGGUCGUCGACAUUUUUGGAGAUUACGCCAACCUUGCCUUCAGCUCAUUUGGUGAUAGGGUUAAAUCUUGGAUCACCUUCAAUGAGCCUUGGGUUCAGUCUGUCCUUGGCUACGGUUACGGCGGAAACGCGCCCCGCAUUGUGGGCAGCGGCCAGACGGACUAUAUCGCAGCGCACAACCAAAUAAAAUCGCACGCCCGUGCCUGGCACAUCUACGACGACAACUACAGAGCAACCCAGAAUGGCGAAAUUGGAAUCACUCUGGACAGCGGCUGGGCCGAGCCGAAAACACAGAGCGCCGCGGACAUCGAGGCGGCUGAACGCAACAUGCAGUUUAAGCUUGGAUGGUUCGCCCACCCCAUUUUCAGUGUUGAUGGAGAUUACCCACCAGUCAUGAAGGAAUAUGUUGCUAGGCACAGUGCAGAGGAAGGCUUCCCAGUGUCAAGGCUUCCAGAGUUCGGACAGACUUGGGUUGAUUACAUCAAAGGAACCUCUGAUUUCUUUGGAUUGAACCAUUACACCUCGGCGCUGGCUGAAUACAGCGUUUGGGAAGGGAACUGGACCAGUUACGACAAGGACCAAGAUGUAUCUACAUCCGCUGAUCCAUCGUGGCCUUCGUCUGCAGCUCCCUGGCUCAAGGUUGUCCCAUGGGGAUUCCGAAAAUUGGUGAACUGGAUCAACAACGAAUAUAACGGCGUCAGGUUGAUCGUCACUGAAAACGGAUAUGCUGAUCUUGGAGAAAUCAAUGACGUCGACAGAGCCAAUUAUUAUACUAGCUACAUCAAUGAACUGAUGAAAGCCAUCAACCUGGACGGCUGUAACAUUUAUGGCUACACCGCCUGGAGCAUUAUUGAUAACUUUGAAUGGGCUGCUGGAUACUCACAAAAAUUCGGACUGUACAGCGUUGACUUCAACGACCCCGCUAGACCUAGGACGAGGAAGUAUUCUGCUCAGGUGUACGCACAAAUUAUUGCUGACAAUGGCUUCCCCGCACCAGCUAAACCGAGGAGAGCCGCACGGCAGCAUUUUGCAAUUAUGACCCUGGCAGGUGGCAAGUGGUGCUUGGCGCUGGUGCUGCUGGUGGUGGGCCGCUGCGGCCCCGCCGUGGCCCAGGAUGAUUUCCUUUACGGCACUUUCCCGGACGGCUUCAUCUGGGGCGCCGCUACUGCCGCCUACCAGAUCGAGGGUGGCUGGAACGAGGAUGGCAAGGGAGAGAAUAUCUGGGACUUUAUGACCCACGCCUUCGAUGGAGGUAUUGCGGAUUACUCGACCGGAGAUGUAGCAGCCGACUCGUACCACAAGUACCUUGACGACGUGGCCGCACUCAAAGAAACUGGGGUGAACUUCUACCGCUUUUCCCUAUCAUGGUCGCGUAUUCUUCCAACUGGCCGUAUCGACCAGAUCAACCAAGCCGGUAUCGACUAUUACAAUAAUCUGAUCAACGCUCUGCUAGAUAAUGGCAUCACUCCUCUUGUUACCCUCUACCACUGGGAUUUGCCUCAACAGCUGCAGGAAACUGGAGGAUGGCUCAAUGAGGAAGUCGUUGACAUUUUUGGAGAUUACGCUAACCUCGCGUUUAGCUCAUUUGGUGAUAGGGUCAAGUCGUGGAUCACCUUUAACGAGCCUUGGGUUCAGUCCGAACUUGGCUACGGUUAUGGAGGAAACGCACCCCGUGUGGUUGGCAGCGGCCAGACGGAUUACAUCGCGGCACACAACCAAAUCAAAUCGCACGCCCGUGCCUGGCACAUCUACGACGACAACUACAGAGCAACCCAGAAUGGCGAGAUUGGAAUCACUCUGGACAGCGGCUGGAUUGAGCCGAAAACACAGAGCGCCGCGGACAUCGAGGCAGCUGAGCGCGCCAUGCAGUUUAAGCUUGGAUGGUUCGCCCAUCCGAUUUUCAGCGUUGAUGGAGACUAUCCGCCAAUCAUGAAGGAAUACGUCGCUAGGCAUAGUGCUGAGGAAGGCUACCCUGUGUCCAGACUUCCUGAGUUUGGACAAACUUGGGUGGAUUAUAUUAAAGGAACCUAUGACUUCUUUGGACUGAAUCAUUACACCACCGAGCUGGCUGAAUACGGUAUCAGGGAAGGAAAUUAUACCAGUUAUGACAAGGACCAAGAUUUAUACAAGUCUCAGGAUCCGUCAUGGCCCGCAUCUGCAGCUCCCUGGCUCAAGGUCGUUCCUUGGGGAUUCCGCAAACUAGUGAAUUGGAUCAACAACGAAUUCAACGGCGUCAGACUGAUUGUCACUGAAAAUGGAUUUGCUGAUCUUGGAGAAAUCAAUGACGUCGACAGGGCCAAUUAUUACACAAAUUACAUCAAUGAACUUAUGAAAGCCAUCAACCUGGACGGUUGUAACAUUUAUGGCUACACCGCAUGGAGUAUUAUUGAUAACUUUGAAUGGACUGCUGGAUACUCGCAAAAAUUCGGAUUGUAUGGUGUCGACUUCAAUGAUCCCGCCAGGCCGAGGACGAGAAAGCUUUCCGCUCAAGUUUACGCUCAAAUCAUUGCUGACAAUGGCUUCCCAGCUCCAGCUAAAAAUUGACGGGGAAAAUAUUAUUUUUCCCUUUUGAUAAAUACAUGACACGUUUUGCUACGAAUGCAAAAAUUUCAAUAAAAAGCCGAGAAAAUAGCAAGGAUGAAAUAUAA